UCUGCUAGACGACCACUUGAUCUUACUACUCGCGCCCCAACCGAUGUCUCAAUUGUUUCUUACGACGAUGACGAUGAUGAAGAAGAUGCUGAUGAGGAUACUCUUAUAGGAGAAAACGAUUAUCAUAGUGAAGUAUAUAACACAGGAUUAGGAGAGACGAUAAAUAAUAUUCGCGAUGCACAAGUCAUUAUUACUGAUGAAGUGGAACGAGACGGAGCUGUGGAGUCUGGAGACCUAGAGAUUCUUGGAAAUGAGGAAGGAAGAACAUCUCAAGGACAACGGAACCGAUGUCUAGGCCCGUCCAUCUCGCGCCACUUUGCUUCUGUUCUCGCCACUCAUCCCGCUGCUUUGUCUCGCCUUGAGGGACUGGUUCAGCUCGCCUCUCAGGUCCUCACCUCCGCAUACUUUUUUAAUCCUCCCAGAGAUCUCGACAAUAUGCUUUUUCCACCGAUUUUGCCCGCUUCUAGACAAGAAGCCACCACAGCUCCUCUUUUUUCUUCCUCAUCUACAUCUACUGCUACUUCUGUCGAGCUAACUGGUAAUAAUAGUGAACAUUCUAUUUCUACAACUGCAGGUGGCUUACUACGCUUCCGUGAUUUUGAUGGUUCUCUUCGAAACAAUGAAGAAUUGGAGGGACAGAUUCUGCAAGCUUUGAUAUUUCGCCCUCAAUCCUCUGUUUUCCCUAUUUCAAAUGCUCAAGGUUCACUAGAGGCUUCUAUAAAUCCACCCAUCGAUGGAUUCGAAUGGGUUAUACGUACAAGCAUACCAACUUCUUUACCUAGUCAAAAUCCUGCUAUUUCCGUCGUUCCCCCUUCACCUACUUCUACUUCCACUGUCACCACAACUACCACUGGCAGACAGGGGAUUGAAAACAAUCAUAGCAACAGCAUUGGCAACACUGUCAUCUCUACGAUCGGAGAAACGAGGGGCUCGCGACGCCGAGCAUCUCCAUCGGCUCCAUUUGCGUCUAUCUCUCUGCUCUCUUCGCCUCUUGGCGACACUAGUAUCAGUAGCAGCCCGACUACAACCGUCCCUAAUUCUUCUAGUUUAUUUACGCCCCCAUUUGGAACACCUUUCCUUUGCCUUUCUUCAGCAGGAAAUGAUUCAGAAUCCACUGGUCUACUAAACGUUUUUCCUCAGGUCAUGUCGAGUUCAGCUUCUGAACCUUCCACGGCUUCCCUGGCUUCCCGCUUCGUCUGGGACAUCGGCGAUCCCGAAUCCCCUUGUGGCGGUAACUCGUCUGUCGAAUUGUCCCAAACACCUCUUUCUACUUUAUCUGACACCUUAGCCCCACCUUCGACACCUCUCAUUCUUUCACCUCGCGUUGGUUUAGGAACUUCAACUUCACAGCUACGUUCCUCCACAGAUUCGGCAUUAGCCCAGAAACGACGUCAUUCUCAGCUUAUUUCCCAGCAGUCUUCGGAUGCCUUUGUAGUUAUCAGCUCGGAUUCAAACGGAGAAAUCAAUACCACAGAUACUAGUGAAGAAGAACAGGCCGACCAUGCAGUUGGGGAUGACGUGACGCGAAAAUCCGUUUUAACUAACUCUAAUGCAAUUUCAUCUCAUAUUCUCCCCAUAUCCUACUACUCAUCUACAUCUUCUGUCUAUUCCUCAUCUUGUUCUUCAUCUGCUUCUUCUCUUCCCUCCAUGCCUAAGCGCCGACUUCUAUCUCGUCGCCACAGAUCCCAGCAAAGUUGCUCUCGCCUGGAGCCUGUCAAUUCCAUAGUAUCAAAAUCGCAAACUUCACGUCAUUUGGUAGAUUUGACUAUUGAAAACAAUGAGCAUACUGAUGAUGAUGAUACUGAACUCCUUCAAGACAUCUACAGUCUCCUUGCUGACAUUUCAACAACCCCUCAGCUUGAAGGGGUUCAGUCAACAUUAGGCCUAGAUUGUUCUUCAGCAGCUGUCGGCCAGGAAGAUCAGGACGUUGGUUGUCAACUUAUCGAUAAAUUGGAGCUUCCCGAGGGCGAGCCAAUGGAAAUUGAUAGUGAGGAAAUUAACCCCGCAUCAAACCCAGCUAAUCUUCAGACUCCUUCAGAUCUGAAUGCUCCAAACUCCUUGACUUCGCGCCACUUCAGUAUGGUCGCAUCCACUUCACAGCAAAUGCCUGAACGAAAUCGUACAUCUUCUUACCAUCAGAAUAAUCGCUGUUUGUCUUCCCGUGAUGCAAAUCACAAUCGCUCUUCUAAUCUUUGCCAGCACCAUAACAACGGAUCUGACUUUCCAAAAGCGACCUACCACACAAAGCGCUCACGCCAUUUGUCCCCAGCUCAUCGUUCGACUACAGAAGGAAAGCGCCCUCGUGUCAGCCAUUUGGAGCAGAAAUGUCACCAGCAUUCGGAGGGUUCGAGGCUUCUGCACUCUGCUUCUUCAGGUUUUGUCUGUUCGCCCUGCAUAUGUCGAAUAGGGAAUGAAGAAGGUGACAACAACCUGGACGAGACUGAAAGACAUCAUGAUGUUGGUAGGUCACAUCUGAAUUCUCAGAGAUCGGAUCGUUCACGCCGUCGGCCUGCUCUGGCCCUGACCUCGAAUAAUGGGAGCCCAAUUAUUUCUAAAUCUCUUAGACCCAACGACUCUGAUUCCGGUUCCCGACAACAG